AUGUUUGAAAAUCAUAGUGAGUACUAUCGACUUAAGCCGACUCCUCCGCCUUUUCCAGGAAACGUUGUAUGGCCUACUUUAGAAAAUGGAGAUAUGAUGCUCUUCCCAGAUAAUUGCACGGAUGAGUUACAGAACUGUAGUUCUAGAGGUGUUUGUGCACAUCACCAUAAAAAAGGAAUUGUCUGUUUGUGUGUUGGAGAUUAUUAUGGAGAAGUUUGCGAGAAUGAUCAUUCAGAAAUCCCAUUAUGGCUCAUAUUGGCGGCAAUUGUGAGUGCCCUUGUGGUGUACUUGUUGAUUCAUCGCUUUGGUGCGCGGAAAAAACUAAAUCAUACUUCUGACAGGAAUUGGGCAGCAUAUCAGACAAAGACAGGGAACAAACGCGGAGGACAUCUUGAAGAAAUACGUGAAAAUCUCAACAACCAGAAUGACGAGGCCGAUGCGAACUAUGUUAGCUUACAUGUGCAACGUUCUUCAAAAUAUGAAACUAUUGCCGAACUCUAA